AUGUAUACGCCGCCGACCGUGGAGCUGUCCUCGCCGGCGACUCGGCUCCUCCGUCGGCAGGAACCUCUCAUCCUCUACCCCCAGAGCCUCGUCCCCGUCCCCGUCACGACGCCCGCCCUCACGGCCAACCUCGUCAUGCGCGUGCUCCUCGCUCUCGUCGGCAACAUCGUCUGCAUCAUUCCCCUCGGCCUCCUCUACCGCAACGGCGAGUUCGCCGCCGUCGUCUUCAUCGUCCUCGUCAUGCUGCUCAACCUUGACACCGUCGUCAACUCGCUCCUCUGGCACAACAACGACACGGCCGACUGGUGGCAUGGUGUCGGCUACUGCGAUCUCGACAACUUCUUCCGCAACGCGAGCAAGGGGCUCUACCUCACCUGCCUUUUGGCCAUCAUGCGAAACCUGGCCCAGCAGGUGGGCAUGAUGCGCGCCGGCGCCCUGACCGCCGCCGAGAAGCGCCGGCGCAACCUGACGCAGGCCCUCAUCAUGUUCCCGCUGCCCAUCGUCAUGCUCGCCUGGACCUUUCCCCUCACGGCUCAGAGAUAUGUCAUCGGCACCUUGGUCGGCUGCGACUGGGUUCCGCACUCGUCCUGGCCCUAUCUAGUCUUCUUCAUCCUGCCCCCCGUCGUCGUCGGCUUCGCCACCGUCGUCUACGCAGUGCUCACCUAUUAUCGAUACCGCCAGGUUUCCAAGACGACCGUCUCGGCGCUGGCGAGCAACAGGGCGGCGAACCGCAGGAGCCAGCGAACCCGACGCCGGCUCUACAUGAUGGUCAUAUCCAUCUUGAUCCCCUUCUUCCCCAUCGUCGUCACUCUCGCCGUGCUCAACAUCCUCGCCAUGGGCUCGAUCAAGCCAUUCAGCUACGACACGAUUCACAAUCACGCGACCCCGUUGCCAUGGAACACCGUCGUCCUCGUCACCUCCAACGACGUCCCUUGGGCCUACAUGAACAGCGCCUACAUACCAAUCCUCACCACCGUCCCCAUCUUUGCCUUUUUCGGCACCACCAUUGACGCGUUGAACCAGUACAGAGUCGUCUUGGUCUUUGUUGGCCUGGCCAAAUUCUUUCCCUCCCUGCGAAGAGAGUACGACCCGGACAGGGUUCCGACGGCAGCAAACUCUCUUGACUCGAACCAGACGGCAGCGAUGACUGGAACCUCAUCCAAUGCCUCGAGAAAGGUGGCACCUACCACCGACUCGUCCAGGCAGCAGCCUGGCACCCCAUUCACCUCCGCCGAUUGUGCCGAGCUUCAGAUCCCCGAAAUGCAAACCAUCGACUUUGCCACCACUGUCCAGCUCGAAAAUGGGCUUGGGGGAGAGGAGAUCGAGCACCAGGAGACCUCGACGAGCCCGCCGCGUCGGGGCCCGUUCAGCUUCGGCACGCCGUUCCACCUCCCGAAUCCCUUCCGAUUCUCUGUUUUCCGUUCGACAAAGGAGAAGAGCAGCGCUGCCCCCGCCGCAUGCCCUCCUGCGGUCCCCCUCGAGAAUGCUCAGCAGGCCGUUUCGGCAUCUCCGUGGGAAGCACAAGCCGGUACCCCUCGUCCGCAUCCCUGUGUUCGGCCGGAGGACGAAGACGAGACGGCGCUCUUCAACACUUCGACUCGUGACCAUCACACCGACUGCACGACACCGGAGGAGGUCAUGGCCGACGCCGAGAAAGAUCUCGAGGGUCAGAUACCUCACAGCUGCAGGAAGCGCUAG